CAAUCAUGUUAUGCAGUCAGAACAAAUCGAUUUUAAUUCUUGGAACCAUAUUGAAUUUAUUGCAAGGAAAACCGCAUUAGUGCAGAAAGGACGUCACUUGAUAAUUGUGAUUAUGUGGUGAUUAAAGGGCAGUUAAAUUCAGAACGGUUGGAUUAUAUGUCCUAUUUAACGUGUAUCGAGAAGUGAGGCUAUAUCUUCAAAUGUACUCAACUGAUAGUAAAAUAAAUCAAGACAGCGUAUUGUCAUAGAAUAGAGCUUUAUGUGAAACGAAUAUGAAGUUUUCUAAAAACGUCAAGUUUCAAACAAAAAAGUAUUUAAUUUUAAAAUACUCUGAACAAAAAAAUGAAAUAAUCGAGAGUAGAGAAUGUAAUUUAAAUAACGAAACACAGUUUUUAUUUAAACAUCAAAUAUGAUAAAUAAAAUUUCAGUUAAGUAAGGAGUUAAAAAAAUUAAUGUUUCAAUCGCAAAACUAAACAAAUUAACCAUUAACCAUAAAAAUAAUUUGUAAUAUAUAUUGUACUUAAUUUGAUCUUUAUAUACUCGUCGAACUUACGACAUAUAUUUAUAAUUUAAUCUUUAUCGUAAUGAGUUCAUUUCAAAGUUCAAAAAAUCAGUAUUGGCAGCUUAGCAGAAGACAGCGAACACAAAUUGUUCCAUUUUUAUCAUCAUCACUUGGAGAAACUGUAAAACAUAUUACAUUGAAAAAUUUAUAUCGUAAUUAUAUUGAUGACGCCUACAGCGGCAUUAGCAAUAUUUUUGUAGCGUCUUUUGUACUAAACCUUCUACAGAAAGAAUUCGUUGAGCAAUUUUAUUUUAAAAAAGGAAACGGAGGAGGUUUUGCGGUUGUGCCAGGAAUAAGGGAAUUGUAUAUAAAAAUACUUCUAUUGGCGAAUACGAAAGAAACAAUAGCAUUUUAUUUAUCGAUAAUAAAUAUUUUUGGAUGAUUGACAACUUCGAAUGAAUUAAUUCGAAAUAAAAAGAAUUAUAGCGUUAAGUACCUUUCAAGGAAACUUGAACAGUUACUAGUUGAACUUCAUAAAAAACGCUUAAAGCGAAAAAGACACAAAUGAUGAAAAAUGUUAUUGAUGUAAUUGACAAAUAAAUGUACGGAGUUAAUGUGGACUUUCUCUAAAUAAUAUUUGAAAUUACGUGUGUUCACUUAUGAACUGUUUUUGGAAGAAACGAUUAUCGUGUACAUUGCAUAAAAAUGGUGGAACAACAGGUCUUUUUCGAUUUAUUACUUUGUGUUGAGCAGUUCAACGAUGCUAUCAAAUUUGUUGAAAAGAAAAGCUAUGGAUUUAAUUCAACAGGAUUACAAAGCUGACAUUUCCUGAGUUUUACCUCUUACAACAUUAGAAUAUGCUGCAAAAUAAAGAGAUAUAAUUUAGAAAACACCUGAUUAGAAAAGCAACGCGAAAUAUAUUGAUAAAAGUGAAUUAAAUAAUAGUUAUAUUAUAGUUCGUACUAAUUAGUUACUAAAGCUGUAGUUUUAUUUGUUAUCUUAAUAACAUCGAAGUGUAUAUUAUACAUAUAUGCUAAAUAUAUUUGAAUUGAAAAAGAUUGCGCUAAACAAAUGUGCAAAUUUCUAAAGUAAUGGAACUAGAUGAAGCAGUGUCCGAACACUUAAAUAAACUAAAACCAAUUGAAUUGUUGAAGUUUAGUAACCAAAAUAAUAAUUACGAACUACCAAAGGAAAACUGCACUUCACUGCAGGAUAAAGCUUUGAAAAUUGCAACAAAUAUGAAUACUAACAGUAUUGACCAGCGGCCAUUACAAAAUGACAACAAAGAUCUUGGUAAUACAACCUUGGAUACAAAAUUAUCCAAUAUAGAUCAAUAUUUUCAAAAUAACAAAAAUAGUAUUGCAAAACUAAACUGGUGGAAUACACCUACGCAGCCGAUAUCACUGAAUGAUACUAUAACUACUGCAGUGGUGAACAAAUUUUCUAAUAAUAACAAGCAGUUCGUUUCAAUAACUCCACAUCAUAUACAUAUAUCAACUGCAGCUCAGUGUAAUAUAUCACCUACUCAAAAUGAUUUGUAUCAUAACAAAGUCAUACCCAGCCAUCAAACAUCUCCAAAAAUAGGGAAGGGUCAAAGGCAAUCGACAAUUUCUGAACACUGUGAUAUAUUACAUAAUUUACAAGUAAAUGAAGAAGAAAACACUUCACACAACUCUCAACUGCUGGUUAAAGAUUCUAAACCAUGCGUAGGUUUACUAAAUCAAGGUGAGGAAGAUGAAAUGCAAGUGACAGGUUACCGUAAAUCUAAUAGCCGGAUGUUUCUAUGUUGGCUAUGUAUAUGCAUGACUGGCGGAUUACUGCGCUUAAUACUGCAUUGGUGGCGGCAUUGGUAUUUGAUUGCUACACAUGUGCAGUGUCCUUUAGAUGAGGCUGAAAAGGUUCUAAUACAGGAAGACUAUAAGGGCAAACACAAAAUUUAUUAUGUGAAGACAGUGAAAAACUUUAGUGCCGAGUCAGUAUGUGAUCAAAGUGGUGGAUAUCAUGCAAAAGUCUUAAAAAGCUCAUUGCACAUAAGAGAUGACAGCGACGACAAAAAUGGUCAACUUUCAGUACAUUUUUCAGGCGGUCAAUUUAAAAAAAGUAAAAAUAUACGUCUAUUCCUUUGUAAACAAUUACGAUAUGUUUGGGACUCACAGACGUACUCUUAUAAAAAAUUAAAAGGACUUGAUGUGAAUAUGACAAGUGUUUACUUUCAUCAACAAAAAGGAUUAUCAGCGCAGGAGCAAAAUUCCAGAAGAAUUGUUUACGGAGUGAAUGAAAUAAGUGUCCCUUACAAGGAUAUUAAAACAUUAUUAUUUUUGGAAGUUCUUAAUCCUUUUUACGUUUUUCAAAUAUUCUCGGUAAUAUUAUGGUUUACGUACGAUUACUUUUAUUAUGCGUGUGUCAUUGUUUUAAUGUCAGUAUUUGGGAUAUCAAUGUCUAUUAUGCAAAUGAAGAAAAAUCAAGAUAGGUUACGAGAAACAGUACAAAAUACUGGAACUGCAUUAGUGGUGUCGCAAACAGGUGUCGUUACGGACUUGCCUACGCAGAGUCUGGUGCCUGGUGAUAUUAUUGAAAUACCAACAGCUGGUUGUACUAUGCAAUGCGAUGCUGUGCUGUUGUCUGGCAAUUGUAUACUUGAUGAGUCCAUGUUAACUGGUGAAAGUGUGCCUGUGACCAAAACCCCAUUACCUGUGAAGCGAGGAAUGAUGUACGAUAAAAAAGAGCAUGCACGACAUACUUUAUUUUGCGGUACAAAAGUUAUACAAACUCGAUAUAUUGGCUCUGAAAAAGUUUUGGCUAUAGUUAUUAAUACCGGUAAUAUAACUGCUAAAGGCGGACUUAUACGAUCGAUUUUAUAUCCACCACCGGUGGAUUAUAGAUUUGAGCAAGAUUCUUAUAAAUUUAUAGAAUGUUUAGCGUUGAUUGCGUUAAUAGGAUUUAUUUACACACUAAUAAGUAAAAUAAUGCGUGAAAUUGAUCCAGUGAAAAUAGCCGUGGAAUCGUUAGAUUUGAUAACAAUUGUUGUUCCACCAGCUUUGCCUGCAGCAAUGACUGUAGGACGAUAUUAUGCACAAAAACGGUUAGAAGCAAAGAGUAUUUUUUGUAUUUCACCCAGAUCAAUAAAUGUGGCGGGAAGUAUUAAUUGCUGUUGUUUUGAUAAGACUGGGACUCUAACUGAAGAUGGUUUAGAUAUGUGGGGUGUUGUUCCAAAAUCAAUUACUAAUCAGUUUCAAAUACCACUAAAAGCAAUUGAGCGUUUACCACUUGAACAUUUUUUAUUUUGUAUGGUUACCUGUCAUUCUAUUACUAUAAUGAAUGGCAAGCUAAUGGGCGACCCACUUGACUUAAAAAUGUUUGAAUCUACAGGAUGGAUACUGGAGGAUCCUAAAGAUAUUCCUGAUAGCCAAAAAUAUGGACUAAUUCACCCAACUAUAGUAAGACAACCUGUUAAGGCUAUGAGUUUGAGUAUUUCAACUGAAAAACCUCAAAGUGUGGAUCGUCAAUCAUCUGUAGAUGAUUUAUUAGCUGAUGUAGGCUUGCUUAGUGGAGAAUCAAGUAAUGAUCAUGGAAUAGUUCGUGAAUUUCCUUUUACAUCAAAUCUUCAGCGGAUGUCUGUUAUAACACGCCGUCUUACUGAAAAAAAUUUUAAUGUAUAUUGUAAAGGCUCUCCUGAAAUGUUACAGCAAUUAUGCAAAGCAAGUAGUUUACCACAAGACUAUUCUGAACAAUUGGCUACUUUUGCCAAGCAAGGUUACCGAGUUAUUGCUAUGGCGUAUAAGUCAUUAAGUAGUAAAAUUAAUUACACAAAAGCACAACGUCUUUCGCGUGAAGUUGUUGAAAGUGACUUAGAAUUUCUGGGAUUUGUUGUACUGGAAAACAGAUUAAAACCAGAUACUACCGAUGUUAUUUGCUCAUUGAAAGCUGCUAAUAUACGUACAAUAAUGGUUACUGGUGAUAAUAUAUUAACAGCUUUAAGUGUUGCGCGCGACUGUGGUAUUGUUUCUUCGUCUCAAGCAGUGGUAACAGUACACGUGCGUCAACAUAGCAGGGAGCAAGAGAAUCAUAACCAGCAGUAUGAAUUAUAUUAUACUCUUGAGUUAGGUACCAACAAAAGCAAUUUAUUACAAUCUAAUGAAAAGGAUAAAAGUGUUAUGAUCUCAGUAAACAAUGAUCCAAAUUACAAAGAACUAAACAGCGAAAUUACUUCUCUCAGUAGUGCUUGUGAAACAUAUCCUAACAGUAGCAGUUUAACUAGUUUACAAACGUGUGAUACUUGGACUAAUCGAGAUCCAGAAAUAGCUUUAAAUGACAUUUUACCAACUGAAGAUUUAGAUGUAAGAUAUAAUGAAAAUAAAAAUUCACCAACAACUUGGCGGAAUAAUUACCGUUUUGCUAUGAUUGGUAAAACGUGGCAAAUUGUACGUGAACACUUUCCUAAUGAAUUGAAAAAUUUUCUAACCCGAGGUGUCAUUUACGCUCGUAUGUCACCAGAACAAAAACAAUCCUUGAUAACAGAGUUACAAAAUUUGGACUAUUGUGUAGCAAUGUGUGGUGACGGUGCUAAUGAUUGCGGGGCACUUAAAGUUGCACACACUGGAAUUUCAUUAAGUGAAACAGAGUCCUCGAUUGCAUCCCCAUUUACAUCUCGUAAUCCCACAAUUGCGUCAGUGCCAACAGUUAUAAAAGAAGGACGUGCUGCGUUAGUAACUUCAUUUGGAAUAUUUAAAUAUAUGGCCGCUUAUUCUAUGGUGCAAUUCAUAUCUGUAAUGAUAUUAUAUUCAAUAGAUUCCAAUCUUACAGAUAAACAGUAUUUAUAUGUAGAUUUAGGGUUAAUAUCUGUUUUUGCGUUCUUUUUCGGCAAAACUGAAGCAUAUUCUGGACCGUUGGUAAAACAAGUGCCAUUAAGCUCUUUAAUAUCAAUGACGCCAUUAGUUUCAAUUGUUUUGCAUUUAUUAGUUGUUGUCGGAUUUCAAGUUACAGGUUGGUUUCAUUUACAUCAUCAAAGUUGGUUUGUACCUUUUCAACUAUCAAAUGACGAUCAUUUAGGAUGUUUUGAAAAUUAUACAAUGUUCGCGAUCUCAAGUUUUCAAUAUAUAAUAUUGGCUUUUGUUUUCUCGAAAGGAACUCCAUAUCGCAAACCAAUAUACUCAAAUAUUCCUUUCUGCAUUUCGCUUACUAUAAACGUCUUCAUCGUUGUAUAUCUUAUUAUAUACCCUGCAGAAUGGUUCGCAAAUUUCUUUCAACUGGUUAUGCCUCCUAUUAUGAGCUUCCGAUAUUGGAUGUUGGUGUAUGGCGUUUGUAAUUUUUUGUUUCAUGUACUAAUAGAAAGCUUUGUGGUUGAAUAUUUGCUGUUUAAAAAAAUUCAUGUACGCCGUGAAAACAAUAUUAGAACAUCGAAACAAAAAUAUAUGCAAAUUGAAUAUGAGCUUAAAUAUUUUCAUAGUUGGCCACCGAUAACCGAAAGUUAUGAAACUUAUGAACUAGAAAUAAGAGAAGAAAUUAAACCAACUUAUAUUGAAAUUAGUGCUGAACAAAAUUUUGAUCCGCAACCUCCAAAAAAAAAUAAUCCUCUAAACAACUUUUUUGAAAUAGAAGAAUCAGUUGUCACAAAUCAAUCGAUGAAAUAAGGAAAAUGAAAAAGCAGUCAAUUACUACUUUUAAUCAAAAUGAAGUUGUAGUCCAAAGAGCAGUUUAUAUAUAAUUAUUAAUUGCGUUAACGUGUUUAUAAUUAUUACGUAAUAUAAUUUGUAUUUUACUAUAUAUUGUAUAUAUUAUAUAUUUAGUUUAUAAAAUUAUAAAUAACAAAUAUAAUAUUAAGUAGAUAUAAGUGCACUACUUAUAGAAUUGAAAUAAAAUUAUAUAUGCUUGCCAAAUUUUUUUUUGGAAGAGCGUUAUGGCCCCUACAUUAGUCUUCGAAAGAAUAGUUAUAAAUCUAUAAAACAAAAAUUUACGGAAAAUCACGAAGGAUGUCAUCAAGAUCAUUCAUUUCUAUGCAAAAAUCGUGUAAAAGUAACUUUAGUUCUAAAAUUAAAUGAAUAAAUUUAAUCAAAUCGU